AUCAGUUGCUUGCUUAAAGCAGGUCUGCUGAUAGCUCAGUAGUGCUUAUGCUCUUUACUGUAUGAAGAGCAAUAAGGGGAGGGAUGGAAGAAAGAAAAGGAGGCCACGGUUAGAAGGGGACGGGAGAAGCAGAAAUAGACUAUUAUGAGAGUGAAGAGAAGAACAUGCCUGGACACAGACAGGAAAGCCUCCGUCAUCCACAGGCAGCGAAUCGUCUCUGCUGUGUUGACACGGCGACGGGAUGCAUCAUCCUCUCUCUCCCCAUGCGUCCUUCUCUUUUCCUCUGGCUUCCACUCUGUUGGAUUGUGGGUAAAGGAGUUUUGAGUCUGGGCAGUUGCUGAUAAACCUAACACGCGAAGUCGAGAUGAUUUUGUAAUCAGAGAGAAACAAAGUCGCUUUUGCUUUAUUCUUCAGUCACUGAUUCCACCUAUUUGUGUUAUUUCUCUUUUAGUUUGUCUCACUCUCUCCGUCCCCGUCUCUCUCUCUCUCGCCGUCUCUCUGUCUCCGUCUCUCUCUCUCUCUCCCCGUCGCUCUUUAGGGUAAUUCUCGCUCUCCUAGCCACAGAUGUGUUUGUGAGGGUGUGUGUUGGGUGCAGGACUGUGAGAAUUAGUGCAGGCUCUUCCUUCCUGCUUGCUUCAGUUCCAGUUCACUUCAGCUGAAGUCAGUCACCGAGGACACACACACACUGGUGUAAUCAGACGGGCACAGACAGAAAGGGAGGACAGGACAUAUAAUGGAAGAGAAAACGAAGAUGAAGCAUUCAUAAAAGUUAUAGCAGGAGGCCCCUGCAGGAGGAAAGAUAACGGGCCGAGGCGGAGAGAUUUUUCCAUAUUUACCUGCAGUCCACUGGACGUAUCCUAACAUGAGUGCACAGAUGAGUUUAAAGUGUGCUUGUGGUGUGAUGAGGUGAGGUUUUGAGAUGACUUAUGUGAGGUAGCACGGCGUUUGCCUCGUUAUGGACGUGGGUAGGGCGAUAAAACAGUUUGCCGCGAUGGAGAAGAGCAAGAGAAAGUUCAACCUGGGCCGAAUGCUGUUGGUCUACCUGUCCAGAAAGAACAAAACCUUGACCGGCAGCCCUGGUCAGCUGAACAGCUGCGAGUCAUCGACGUCGGCAACAGGCAACGACACCGACUCUGACACCGACACUUCACCUGCACAGAGGAACCACUGGACGGAAGAUGGUGACAUCAAGGAGAUCAACAUCACCCAUGUGGUCAAGGAGGGCUCAGAGAAGGCCGAUGCCUCUCAGUUUGAGCUGCUCAAAGUGUUGGGGCAGGGAUCUUUCGGGAAGGUGUUCCUGGUGCGAAAGGUGACGCCUCCCGAUGCCAACCAGCUCUAUGCCAUGAAGGUCCUCAAGAAGGCCACGCUCAAAGUCAGAGAUCGUGUGAGGACGAAGAUGGAGAGAGACAUCCUGGCUGACGUCAACCACCCAUUUGUUGUCAAACUGCACUACGCAUUUCAGACCGAAGGGAAGCUGUACUUGAUCCUGGACUUCCUCAGAGGAGGAGAUCUUUUCACCAGACUCUCUAAAGAGGUGAUGUUCACAGAGGAGGAUGUGAAGUUUUAUCUAGCAGAGUUGGCCCUCGGACUGGACCACCUCCAUAGCCUGGGCAUUAUUUACAGGGACCUGAAACCUGAAAACAUUCUCCUGGAUGAGGAGGGACAUAUCAAACUCACAGAUUUUGGCUUGUGUAAAGAAGCCAUUGAUCAUGAGAAGAAAGCUUAUUCCUUCUGUGGUACCGUGGAGUACAUGGCACCGGAGGUUGUGAACAGACAGGGGCACAUCCACAGCGCCGACUGGUGGUCAUUUGGGGUACUGAUGUUUGAGAUGCUGACAGGAGCGCUGCCAUUUCAAGGGAAGGACCGUAAGGAGACUAUGAAUCUGAUUCUGAAGGCACGUCUAGGAAUGCCACAGUUCCUAAGUUCAGAGGCCCAGUCUCUGCUCCGGGCUCUGUUCAAGAGGAACCCUGCCAACAGACUGGGAUCCGGCCCUGAUGGUGCAGAGGAGAUUAAGCGACACGGUUUCUUCUCCACCAUAGACUGGAAUAAACUCUUCAGAAGAGAAGUGAAGCCUCCAUUCAGACCAGCGGUAGCACGUCCGGACGACACCUUCUACUUUGACUCCGAGUUCACUUCCCGCACACCUAAAGACUCCCCCGGGGUUCCCCCCAGUGCCGGGGCUCACCAGCUCUUCAGAGGCUUCAGCUUUGUUGCAUCGACUAUGCUGGAGGAUGAAGGUUCAGAGGAGCCAGCGCAGCCUCCGCACCCAGUUGUCCAGCAGUUACACGGGAAGAACCUGCUGUUCAGCGACGGCUACGUCCUGAAGGAAGACAUCGGCAUGGGCUCAUUCUCGGUCUGUAAACGAUGCGUCCACAAAGCCACCAACACCGAGUACGCCGUCAAGAUGAUUGACAAGACCAGUACAGACCCCUCUGAGGAGAUCGAGAUUUUGCUCAGAUAUGGACAGCACCCCAACAUCAUAACCCUGAAGGAUGUGUACGACAACGGCAAGCAGGUGUUCCUGGUGACGGAGCUGAUGCGCGGGGGAGAGCUGCUGGAUCGGAUCCUCAAGCAGAAGUUCUUUUCAGAGAGGGAGGCCAGCGCCGUGCUCCACACCAUCACCAAGACUGUGGAGUACCUGCACUCGCAGGGGGUGGUGCACAGAGACCUGAAGCCCAGCAACAUCCUCUACGUCGAUGAGUCUGGGAAUCCUGAGUCGAUCAGGAUCUGUGACUUCGGCUUCGCUAAGCAGCUGCGCGCCAACAACGGUCUGCUGAUGACCCCGUGCUACACUGCUAACUUCGUAGCUCCUGAGGUGUUGAAGCGUCAGGGCUACGAUGAAGGAUGCGACAUCUGGAGUCUGGGCGUCCUACUGUACACUAUGCUGGCUGGUUUUACUCCAUUUGCCAACGGUCCUGAGGAUACCCCAAAUGAGAUCCUGAACAGGAUAGGCAACGGACACUUCAGUCUGACUGGAGGAAACUGGGACACUGUGUCUGAUGCUGCCAAGGAACUCGUGUCCAAGAUGCUACAUGUGGACCCCCAUCAGAGACUGACCGCUAAGCAGGUUCUCAGGCACCCCUGGAUCGUUCAGAGGGACAAACUACCCAACAGCCAGCUCCCACACCAGGACCCCAAACUGGUCAAGGGUGCAAUGGCCGCCACCUAUUCCGCCCUGAAGAAUUCCCAACCCACUCCAGAGCUCAAGCCCAUCGAGAGCUCCUUCCUUGCUCAGAGGCGUGUCAAGAAGCUUCCCUCAACCUCCCUGUAGAGACUCAAAAACAGCCGAUCAGCUCACGGAAACAGUCUGAUCAAAAAUCACACCUCCUGGCUCCAAACCACCCAGUCAGCUUGCUCGGGUUGACUUAGCGUCCUCCCGCCAAUACCAGCCAAGGAACACUGACUGUGGUCCUGCCCCCAUCUUGUGACGUCGAUUGUCCUGCUCUUGCUAUUAUUUUCCUCGUGUUGGCUCGUCGGCCGCUGUUAGCCGACCUCCUCGGACUGGUGAAAAGAUCAUGAAGUCGGAUGGGCAUGGCGAAGGGGGGGGAGGGGGGUGGAAUAAAUAAAUGAAUAAAUAAAAAUGGUUGCAGGAUUUUGGCAAAUGUAUUAGUGGCGUGUAUGUGUGCGUGUGUGUGUGAGUGCGUGAGCGUGUCCGUGCAUGACCUGCCACAGAGUCGACGUGGCCGUGGUUUUGAUAGUGACAAUGAAAGUCUCCUCUCCUGCUCCUCCCCCUCCUCAUCAUUGCUGUAAUUGGUUGUCAUUCUUGCUGCACGCCUUUUCCUUCUGCCUGUUUUGUGUUCCGUCUUCCUGUUCUUCUUCUUCUUAUCUUUUUUUUCCUUUUUUUAUUUGUAGAGUUGAUGAGCUUUAUAUUACCGGUUGUGCUGCCAAAUCAAACUGUGCCGACAGCACAACGUCACAGUACUGUCCAACUGCUGUUAAGUGUUUUUUUUUUUUUUUUUUUUUUUCAGAGAGCGUUAUUAAUAUGAAUAUUAAACAUUUCUGCCAUAUAUGCCUCUUUGGCUUUAGUACAGCCAGAAUAUGUGGAAUUCUGGGAAAUGUCAAUGUUUUUUCGGUUAAUGUCAAUCUAUUGCUUGUAUUUUGUUUUACAGCGUGUGUGUGUGUGCGUGUGUGUGUGCGUGUUGCAUGACUUGCAGUGUGUGUCUGUACUGUUUUGCGGGGAUGCUGCAGAGUCAUGUGCAUGGUCCGGUGACGUGAUGGUGUUCUGUGGCUUCUUCGUCUCGCUCCUCUCCCCCUUUUUUUCCCCCCUCUCCCGCUUGGUCACUCUGCUGGCAACCGUUUCAGAUGUCUAUUAUUUUUUAUUACUGCAGAAAAUAGUAAAAUAGGUGGCUUUCUGUGAAAGAAAACCUGCCCAAGGAACAAUGUGGCAUGUUAAAAUUCUGUAUUUGCUUUGUUUUCUCGGUUUCUUCCCACCGUGUUUCUUGGAUAAUGCAUAUUGAAUGCCGUUUCCUGUGUUGGCUGCUUUUGUUGUUGGUCGUUUUGUUUAGUUUUUUUUUUCUUUUCUUUUCUUUUUGUCCAAAGAAAGUGGUGACAUAAAAUAGUGAAAGACAUGCUGAGCACACCCCAGCCUGUGGACUCGACGCUGUACAGGUCUCUUCUUCCGUUUUAGAAAUGUAAAUGGGCGUCAGGGCUGACUGUAUGGAAUUGAGCACUCCUUAAAAUCUCUGUCGAAUCACUGGUUGGUGAUAUCCCACGCCCUGACUGUGGGCUAUCUCCUUCAUUCAGGAUAUCCGAGUUCCGUUGAUCCCGUUGGUUACGCGACUUGUUUACAUUUUAUCGACUUUAAAACCUCUUGAAGAGAAAUCCAUGUGUCUCGUUGUAAGUCGCUUCAUAGGGUAGGUCCUGCUUUCAGCUCAGUGCCUAGGCCUACAAGGUGAGGCAGAAUGUCUUGCAUGGAUAACACGACCAAAAAAACAAACAAACAAACAAAAAAAAACACAGCCAGAAUAUACUGUACAUGUGUAGAAGGAAAGACCUGUGUGGCUGAAUAAUCUCUGAACCAGCUGUCUUACCUCAAAAGGGAUCAAAGUUAUAUUAUAAUUCUUGUUUGGUGGCAAAAACUCCUCCCUCCUUUGACUAAAUUUAUGGUAAGAUGUUAUUGUAUGAUAAAGAUAAAGAUUUUUAUAUCUUACAAUAUUAAAAAUUGAGUUGCUAUGACAAA